CACGACAAAACAAACGUCACAAAUACUUACAGACGUUGGUGUUUAUUUAGAAUAGCAAUUUGGACAGAUGUGUUUGCUGUGACUACCGAAAGACGGAAUAUAUUUAAUGGGCGAAACAUGUUUUCUGAUGAAUCCUUUGACGCCGUUGGGUUUCCAUCAUGUUGGAAAACAGAGAGGGAACUACAGGAUGAAGGAAUUCAGACAACAGUCACUUCAUACAGUGAACAGGAAUCACAGUCCUCAGUCUCCAAAUGUGUUGAGACACAGACAGACAAUGUACAACCAGAACUGAUGAUGGCUGAAAAUGUAGAUUAUGACAAACUAGCUGCUUUCCUCAGUUGUAUCUGCCCUAAAGUGAUAACAGAGCUUGACAAGAUGAGCAGAAGCCGAGCAUUUGAUGGAUACGAGCCAAUAGAAGAUGACGCUGAUGGUGGCGUCAGGAAGCUGCAUACCCUACAAGUACCCAACAUCACUUCCCAGAGUAAGAUGAAAGUAAGCAGUUUGUCCUGGAGUUGCACUGGUGCUGUGGUAGCAUUUGCUUGCAGCCAUUCGGAACAUGAGAGCUGGUGUGAUCACUCAGGCAAUGUUCAUCUGUUUAACAUUAACAGGCAGGACUUCUCAGAUUCAGCACCAAGCAAGACACUGGAGACCAGGUCAUGUGUCACAAGCCUAAGUGCUCAUCCCUACGAACCUUCCAUCUUAGCAGCAGGAACAUUUAGUGGAGAGGUUCUAAUAUGGAAUCUACAAAAAGAUGAUGAUUGUCUGAUCAGUUCCUCUGCCAAUGUGCCUGGUGCUCACAGAGAUGCUGUGAGCCAAGUGUCCUGGGUUCGCAACCUGGACCCUACUCAGCAGUGGCCUGUACUUGUUUCGGCAGGUCAUGAUGGUCGUGUGCUGGUGUGGCAGAUAGGUACUCACUCAGGAACCAUCCAGCUGCGUGAAGGGUUUGUCAUCCUGCUGGAACACAUAAAGUACACAGGUCCAGGAAAAUCAGUGCCUUCACCAGUAGGUGGUGCUGGUAUUGACAUGGAACUGGGUGUCACAUGUUUCAGUUUCACUGCGCAAGACUUGACUACGUUCGUGGUUGGGGUGGAUGGUGGUGGCCUAUUGCUGUGUUCCACCGUUGCAGCCAAACCUGCACCAGUUUCAGUGCACUCAGAAGUGCCCCUGAAGGAUCCAGUGCUAAAUGCAUUUGAGAAGCACCAGGGUGCGGUCACAUGCAUCCAGUGCUCACUGCAUCACAAGAAUAUGUUUAUUUCCUGUGGGACUGACAGUGAAAUUCGUAUCUACCACACAGAACAGGUAACUCCGGUCCAGAUCAUCUAUGUGGAGGGAGGUGUGGUGGGUCUGGAAUGGAGCCUGGCACAUCCAGACUUGUUUGCUGCAUGGGGCACCAUCUCCGGCUGUGUUGAUUUCUACAAUUUGUGGACUGGCAAGGUCAUUCCUUCAUUGAAACUUCCUGCUUUUGACAAACCUACGCUGAUUUCCAUUGUGCGCUCCAACCCUCACAGUCAUCAGUUGGUCGGAGUUGGAGACAUGAAUGGAAGGGUAGUGGUGUGGCAACAACCCUCUUACAAGGAUGACAAAUAACUGCUUUGUUAGUAUUAAAAACAGUUAUGCCAAGAAUUAUUUACAAGUUCUAAACUGAUGUAUGAACAAACAUGUUUCAUCUGAGUGGACUGCACAGUGUCUACGGCUCUCCAUAACUCAUCCAUGAGCAGAACUGCUGGUGAUCAUCUAGUUCUGGCUUCACAUUGAUAUAUUCAAAGGCAUCACCAUUGUUGUCCUAGUUCCAUCCACCUGCAUCAACAGGUCAUCAGACUGCUUAAUGUUCUGUACAAAGAAGUUGACUGAAGCAGCAUCUUUGUUCAAAAGCUGUUUAUAGCUAUGACGUCAAU